GUUAUGGCCGUGUAUGUGGUCCGGGUUACAGUACAUAUUGGAGCUAGCCGGGGGUUAGCUGUCAGCCCGAUCUAUUUGAUUGUCAUGGAAUAUAUCGUACUCAAACAGUACUAGUCCCAAAACGUGCAAUGGAGCCGGACUAUAAUGUCAUAUUGCUGCCAAUUAUAUCGGCCGUUAUGUUGUCCUACAAUCGACCCGUAAGCUUGGAUGAAAUCGCCGAUGGAGUCAUGUUAUUGCUCAGUUCGCAACGUGAAAAACACAGCACGUCCAUUCCCUCCAGUCUGGAGGGCACCUCCGAUUCCAGCUAUGCACGGAUUGUACCUGCCCGGAAGAGGAAAUGAAUAUUCUGUUGGAAUAACAACAAUAAACAAAACAUAUAUAUAAUUAAUUCACUAAUUUGAGUCUCUCGAGUAUUAUCUAAAAAGUAAAAACUUAUUCGGCCACUAAAUUGCAGGCAUAUAACAAAUAAAACAAUAAAACAAACAAA